UGGGCCAGCCAAUCAAUAGAUCGAACUACGAAUCGAUUUUGCGCUAAUAACUUUAACUUGUUAUCGAAACGCUCUCCACUCGGGGAUACAUUCCAGUCGACAGGAGAAAUCCUAUUAGUCCAUUAGCCCUUGGAAGAUCUGCACAGUUAAUAGCAUUUCCCAGUGGUUCUUUAUAUAAUUUGUGGCUGUUAAAUCCACCGCAUGGUGGUGAGAAAGCCGACCCCUGCGCAGUUAUGUCAUAGGGCCAGGGGGCACAUAGCUACCGAAAGCCGAGCGGUGGCGUAUACUUAAUUUAAUUUGCCUCUGGCAUUCUUGCAGUACAGCAAUAGCCGCGCUUUUCGGGCAGAUUUAGUCACGAAUUUGAAUUUCCCAAGAACGCGCGAUUCGGCAUUUGGUCAAAGUAGCGACUACUUAGUGAAUCUGUGUUAUUUUGUGUUUAAAAGAAAAUAUUUACAAACAGCUGGACUAACUUUUAAGAAGUACAUUAGUGUUGAUUUGUGAUUGUGGUUCAUUCAAUGCGCAACGGAAUAAACUAUUUAAAAUAAACUUAACCAAACACUAAAGUAACUUUAAGUCUAUUCUAUUUUAAUGCAAACAUAAAUAACUAAAGCCGUCAAACUAAAGCCUUAAUAUACUACACAACUACAGACCCACCAAACUAAGAAUGUCCAAGAAACUCCCAACUAUAUCCGUAACUGCCGACAAGCGAUCCACCCACUCCGACUUAUCCUCCUCAUCGUCAUCCCAUGAUACAGAUAGCAAUGAUAUGGACUACGGGCGCAAUGGCGCCGGGGGCGUUACCGAUGUCGAAGAUUUUGACAGUCAGGUGGAGGUACUAAAACCGAGCUCCCGGCGAAACUCCAGUAAUGCAUCCCUGAAGCCAAAAGCCCAACCGAGAGCAAAUGCGGGCGACAAUGAUGUGACCGAUGUGGAGGAUUACGAUACAGAAUCGGACGAUGAUGAGAAGAGCACGGCCUACCCAGAACUAAAACUGUCCCUACGGGAGUUUCUCCAACAGGGACUCCAAAACCAAGAAGCCGUCGAUAAUGAUGCCAAGGAGAGCUGUGAGAUAAAAGCCGGAGACUUCGUGCAAGCACAAAACCUGAAUGGCAUGGCAGACUAUCUCACCGAUUGCGAGGACUAUGACACCGAUUCCGAAGUGGGCUAUGGCUGCGAGAAGUCCGUUUGCGUUGAUCUGGAUCAUGCCAUGGGCGAUCAGGGACGAGUAAAUAUUGCCGAUGGCGAGAAGAACCAGGACGACUCUGAUCAGUACGAAGAUGUGUCUGUGAUCAGUGACAUAAGCGAUUUGGCCUCGGCCAUGUCCGAUUGCACUGGAAUAGGGGUGCGUGGAAUGUCCGAGGAUGAGGUUUUGGAGGUAUCCGAUAGUGGACACGAAGAGGUUUGCCAAAUCGCUUGUUCGGGGUCCGAUUCAGAGUCCGAAGGGGCCGCAGCCUGGAGCAAGAGUGAAGGGGAUAGCAGCUUUCCACAUAUCGAUGUGGCCUUUAUUAGUGCCAGUGGUCAACCGCGACGAAACUCCAAGUCCAGUUUGCCCAUGCAGGGACAGAAGAACUUCCUACAACUGGCUUCGAAACAUGAGGAGGUCUUAACAGAUGUCGAGGGCAUCGACGACUCUGCAGCAGAAGAUAGCUUUGACAAUGAGGAGGAGGACGAGCAGCCCAUACCACGUGCCAUUAUUCUUGCUUCCGGCGAUGAUGGAACUUGUCUAACUGAUGUCGAGGACAUGUUCUGCGAGGACACGUCGCAGUCCACUAGCGCUGAACCCGAAGUUCGUUCAAUUUGCUACGAAUCUCUACCCCUGCCGCAUCGUGAGGUAGUGGAACUAAGGGAGGACAAGUACGGAGACACUAUCACCAAUGUGAUGCCCAUGGACAGCCACUACGAGUUUGGCAUUUACAACCAUCUGAAGGACACGAUUCACACCGAUUCCGAGGACUAUUCGUGCGCCGAUGAGUGGAGCCUUCAGCAUUCCCUGGCCGAGGAUGCUGCGAUGGGAGGGCCCAGUCUAAUCGAAAACGAAGUGAUUGUGUCCAACGAGCUCUUGAAGCAGCAGCAGAACAAGCGCCUUGAAGUUCAGUCCAACGCCGAGUCUGUGACCGAUGUAGAGGAGAUCUUUGUGGCCGGAACGAAUCGCCGCAAGAAGUUAAAGACACGCACUCUGAGCAAAGGCAAGAAUAAGCUACUCGAAGCGGUGAAGGGCAAGGAGGAUGGGGUUACAGAUGUCGAGGACAUGGACCUCAGUGAAUGCGGCCUACCGCCGGGAGUGAAGCGUGUAGAGCAGCUGAAACAACAGGUUAAGGUAUCUGAAGCCGAGGACGUGUCCACCGAUGAUGUCUCCGAUAUCUCAGAAGCCUCCGAUGCUCCGCCCCCAUCGACGGGUGACAAGACCAGCGGCAAGGCAAAGCCCCAGCCGCUUCACUUUCAUCUGCUCAAGGAUGAUCUAACCAAUCAGCAGCACACCGAUAUCGAGGACGUUCAGUUGCCGUCGGACGCCGAGGACGCGCUGGAACCGCCGGCCGUGCCAGUUGCAAAUAGCAAUAGCAAGGAGCUAAACGACAUGCUGAACGAGAGCUACACGGUGGUGCACGAGAAGAGCGGACGCAGUUUCAACAGCGAGGCCGAGAAGCUGCAUACAAAAGGCAUGAUCCGUGAUGCCAAUACCGACGUUGAGUAUGUUGAGUCCGACGAGUCAGCCGCCAGGGGAGGCAACUAGCCUGCUUGCCAAAAUAAAUCUCAACAAUAGUUAAUAAGUGUUCAUAGAUACGAAUAAACCCAACACACACACUCAAGCAUUUUAAACUCUUCAGGAAAAAAAAGUAGACCUAUCCAGUCUGGAUGCCGUAAAGAUCUCACAGGAAAUUGGUGAUGUUAAAGUUGGUGGUG